AUGACAUCUUCAUCACCAUAUGCUACCAAUACGGGCAAACUUCAAGUUUUACCUUCACCUACAACACUAUUAUUUGCUCAAUCAAUUAAUAAUAAUGUUACUAUUAAUAAUAUGGGAAAUACAACACAAAAUAUUCGUCAAACAAAUAUACAAAAUGGAACAAUUCUUCAACAACCAAUGACAAAUGGUAUAAUGACAACACCCACAAGUAUUGUUAGAGUUAAUCAACCGCAAACUAUGCAACACCAGACAACAGCUUUAAAUCAAGGUCAAUUUGUACCUCAAACAUUAUGGACAAAUAGUAUACAACAAAUACCUCAUCAUCAAUUUACAUUGCAAAAACAAACUCAACAACAAUCUGGUAUUCAAUAUGCAACUGUUAAAAAUGAACCCAUGUCAAUCAGUGGAAUGCAACCACAGUCAUCUGUAAUACCAACUAAAAUUAUAACACAGCCAGUUCGUCAAACAGUCACAUCACAACAGACCACAACAACAUCGACAACAUAUACAGAAUCUCAAAUAAAUGAUUUUGUAUCAAAAUGUCGAACAUUUUUAACUACAUUACUGCGAUUAGCUGAAAAACAAGCACCAGAAAAAUUACCCAUGGUUCGAUCUUGUAUUCAAGAACUUUUGGAUGGUACGAUUGAUCCUGAAUCAUUUACUCAACGGCUUCAUACACUUUAUAAAUCUCAGCCACAUAUAUCACUUGUUCCAUUUUUUAAAUUAGCGUUACCACAUAUGCGUCAAAUUGUUAAAAAUACGUUUGGUCGUCCAAUAACUAUUGAAUUAUUAGAAAAACUUCAAUUACCAGCAAGUAACAGUAAUAAUAAUAAUAAUAAUACAACAAAUACAAUACAACUAACAAAUGCCAAUAUUGUAAAUCAAUCAUUAUUAAAUCAUCAACAACAACAUACAACACCUGUUAUACAACAACCAUUAUAUACAACAGUCCAACCUCAACAAAAAAUAAAUAUUCUUCAGCCAACUCAACAAACAUUACUCACUUCAACACCAUCAUUACUUAGUCAACAACAACAACAGCAACAACAAGCACGAACACAAAUUAGUAUAACUGGUAUUCGUCCAUUAGUUACAUCUUUGUCUGGAGCAACAAAUACCAGUCUUCUUAGUGGACACCAACAAGUUCAACCAGUAACACAAAUGAUAAUUCAACAAUCAGAUUCACUUUCACAACGAUCAUUUUUUUCAUCAACCGCAACACUUCAACAGCCACAAAUUAUACCAGUGAAUCAUCAACCAAUUAAAACAGAAACAAUACAUACUCAACCAUCACCAUUAACAACAAUAUCUUCUAUUCAACAAAAACCAAUUAUUAAAACUGAAGACGAUACAUUAGAUGAUAAUAAUAAUAAUUCUGGAAUAAAUGAUACUCGUCAUAUAACACAUGAUGAUAGAUUAAUAUCUGCACCUGUUUUACGUCGACGUUUACAUGAAUUAGCUGAAAAAGAUAAACGAAUGGCAGGUAUGAUAAUUAAUGAUGAUGCAGCUUUUGCACUUAUAUCCAAUGCUACACAAGAACGACUAAAAUAUUUAAUAGAACAAGUUAAAUUAAUAGCUCAACAUCGAAUUGAUAUAUCUAUGAAGAAUGAUCCAUCAUAUCAACAAACAAGUGAUGUUAAAGGUCAAAUAAAAUUUCUCGAAGAUUUAGAUAAAAUUGAAAAACAAAAAAAAGAUAAAUUAGAACAAGAAAAAAUCUUUCGAGCUGCAAAAAGUCGUGCUAAAACAAAUGAUCCUGAAGCAGUAAAAUUAAAACAAAAAGCUAAAGAAAUGCAACAAGCACAAUUUGAAGAACAACGUCAAAAAGAAGCUAAUGAAACAGCAUUAGCUGCUAUUGGAAAACCAAAAAAACGAAAACUUGAAGAAAGUACAAAUCAUCCACAUCAGACAAUAACGUCUUUAAAUGGGUCUGAACAAAAAUCUCCUAUUCAACCAUCACCAUCAUCAGGUGUCAAUAAUCCAACAAAUAUUUAUCAAAAAUCGAAAACAGCGAAACGCAUGUGCCGUGCAAAUCUUCGUGAUCUAUUAGUCAUAAUGGAACGAGAUAAAUAUCUUAAACGAACAACACUUCUUGUUAGAGCUCUUAAUAUAAUGGAAGAUGUUAUUAAAAACGAAAAAGUAAGUUCAAUUAUAAAAAACGAAACUGAUGGUUUAGAAACAGCAUGUUAUCGUAAAUGUCAUGGACAGUUUUGUUUAACACCGACCGUAAAUUAUUUUGAACAUGAAAUUUCAUUAGAUUUUUCACCAUUCAUUGAUGAUUUAACAAAUUAUUCAUCAGCAAAAUAUGAACGCAUUGAGUCUUUACUUAAAUCAGAUCAUUCAAUUAGUCGAAUAAAAAAUUUAAUUCUCAAUAAACAUAUUACAUCUACAGAUCUAUGUUUAUACUAUUUAAAACGUGUACACAUGACAAAUAAUUAUUAUAAAAUUAUUAUUGAACUUAAUCCACAUUUACUUUCUGAAGCUAAACAAUUAGAUGAACAAGUCAAUGAUAAUAAAAUCAAUAAUCAAUUACUAUUAUUUGGUUGUGUUGUUGCUGUUAAAGGUAAUAUUAGUGUACGUGAUAUGUACAACGAUGCUGGCUCUUAUGUACUUCAUGAAAAUAAAAUGAAAGAUGAUGCACCUGUUGUUAAGAAACUGCGAGAACAAGGUUGUAUUAUACUUGGUCGAACCAAUCUAUCUGAAUGGGCAUAUGGAUUCACGGAAAAUGCUCCAUCAGGUUUUUCAGCUGUAGGAGGUCAAUGUCUUCAUCCAGAUGAUAUACAUGAAGAUGUUAGUGGCUCAUCUAGUGGUUCAGCAGCUGGUAUUAAAUUAAAUCUUUUUACAUUUUCAUUAGGUACGGAAACUCAAGGAUCAUUAUUAUCACCAGCAAUCAAUGUAAAAAAUGUUUGUACACUUAAACCGUCACUUGGUACAUGGCCAACACAAGAUAUUAUUCCAAUUAAUUAUGACCAAGAUUCAUGUGGUCCUAUGACACGAUGCAUUAAAGAUGUUGAAUUAUUACAUAGAAUCGUUUCAGAAAUUAAAGAGAAUAAUGAUAAUUAUAGUCGAUCACUUAGAGUUGGUUAUCUUGGUCAAUUACAAGAUGGCAUUGCAUUACUUCAAACACUUUCUGGUCUAUUACCUCUGACAACACUAGUCAAUUUAAAUAGUGAUCUAUCUCUUGCUCAGCCAAUAGCAUCCGUAUUAAAUCCAACUAGUUCUUGUAAUACAACAUUUACUGAUGUUCUUUGUUAUGCUCUUGCACGUGAUAUUCCAUCAUAUUUAUCAAAGCAUUCAUCUUGUUAUUCUCAUCAAACUCUUUCAUCUAUUAUUGAAUGGAAUUCAUCUCAUUCACAAUAUAUUCCUUAUGGCCAAUCAUUAUUUAUACGAGCUUUAGAAUCACCAAUUACAGAGGAAGCAUAUGAUAAAUAUAAAAAAUCAGUUGAAGAAGCCUUUCAAUCAUUAAUUAAUUAUCUUAAAUCAACAUAUUCUCUUGAUUGUUUAGUAACAAUUGGUAAUGAUGAUAUAUUUUCUGGUACAACAAUAUGUGGUAUUCCACGUGCUAAUUUAACACUUGAUUAUUAUAAUCCUGAACAUAAACAAAUAAAUGUUGUUGCUAUUGGAUUUUCUCAUGGUGAUGAUCUUCUUCUUCUUCGUUUUCUUCAACGUUUAGAAAGAGCAAAUCUUCAAGCUGGACAAAUUGAUACACGAACAACGUUUCAAAAAUAUAUUCAACAUCCAAUUAUAUCUGCUUAUAACAAUAGUUGCUCAAUACUUUAA